CCGUGUACUGAAACAAAACCAGAAACGCGAUUAGUGCAGGGCGCAGGGCAGACGACAUAGUGACUCGGCAGGAUAGGACUGAGGGGGGUUUUCCUCGCCGUAUCGUGAAAGGCAGUGAUAUUGUGCUAUUGCUAUUUUUCGGGGGGUUUUUGACACAAAUUAUUUGCCAGUAAUUUACAUCAUCGACGUUUCAAGUUUUACACGAGGAGCGGUUUGCUGACACUGAGUGUGGACAGAGAAGGAUUAUUGGAACUGUCCAGUGCUGAAACCCAAUCUCUAGAGGCAGAGAUUGCUCAGAAAUUAAGUAUCAACAAUACCUAGUGCCAUAUUGGAAGUCCCCUGACCUUCCUGGAGAAGAUGAAGGCAAACCACUGAUGUCCAGCUCGCCGCUGUCCAAGAAGCGUCGCGUGUCAGGAUCAGAGACGAAGACGGGAUCCCACUGCUCCUCCUCAUACUCUGUCAGAACUGAACUGUCCCAUACACCAGCUAACGGCAUGGCUAAGAAUGGAAACGUUGCUGAGAUUGAUGAAGGCCUGUACUCCAGACAGUUGUACGUGUUGGGUCACGAUGCAAUGAAACGCAUGCAAAACUCCAAUGUGCUCAUCUCCGGACUGCGAGGCCUUGGUGUGGAGAUCGCCAAGAAUGUCAUCCUGGGCGGAGUCAAGAGCGUCACCCUGCAUGACCAGGGUGUGGCAGAGUGGCGAGACCUCUCCUCACAGUUUUACCUGCGUGAGGAGGACCUGGGGAAGAACCGCGCUGAGGUCAGUCAAAACAGGCUGGCAGAACUCAACAGCUACGUCCCUGUGACAUCUUACACUGGAGCUCUCACCAAUGACUACCUGACACAGUUUCAGGUGGUGGUGCUGACCAACUCUACACUUGACGAACAAAUGCACAUCGGUGACUUCUGUCACAGCAAAGGCAUCAAACUGAUCAUUGCUGACACACGUGGACUGUUUGGGCAACUUUUCUGUGAUUUUGGGGAUGAGAUGAUGGUGUAUGACACCAAUGGAGAGCAGCCUCUAAGUGCCAUGAUCUCCAUGAUCACCAAGGACAGUGCUGGUGUGGUAACCUGCCUGGAUGAGGCCAGACAUGGCUUUGAGACUGGAGACCAUGUCACCUUCAUGGAGGUGCAGGGGAUGACGGAGCUUAAUGGCUGCCCUCCAAUUGAAAUCAAAGUCCUGGGGCCCUACACCUUCAGUAUCUGUGACACAUCAUCUUUCUCUGACUAUGUGAGAGGUGGUAUUGUGACCCAGGUCAAGAUGCCCAAGAAAGUUGCCUUUAAAUCCUUUUCCUCUUCCAUGUCUGAGCCUGAGUUUCUGCUGACUGAUUUUGCCAAGUUUGAUCGGCCUGGACAGCUGCAUGUGGGCUUCCAGGCUCUGCAUGCCUUUGAGAAGAAACACAGCCGUUCUCCCAAGCCCUGGAAUCAGUCGGAUGCAGACGAGCUAGUGGCUCUGGCCAAUGACGUGAAUGCUGCGCAGUCUGGCCCUGCCAAGCAGGAUGAGCUGGACGAAGGCCUGCUAAAAAAGCUCUCCUGCAUGGCUGCCGGGGACCUGGCUCCAGUCAAUGCUUUCAUCGGUGGGCUCGCUGCCCAAGAGGUUAUGAAGGCAUGCACAGGCAAGUUUAUGCCCAUCAUGCAGUGGCUGUACUUUGAUGCUCUGGAGUGCUUACCUGAAGCAGAGGAAACUGUUCUCACGGAGGAGGAGUGUAUGCCUAGAAGCUGUCGAUAUGAUGGUCAGAUUGCUGUGUUUGGUUCCAAACUGCAAGAUCUGUUGGGCAAGCAACGCUACUUUUUGGUUGGUGCAGGAGCCAUUGGAUGUGAGCUGCUUAAGAACUUUGCUAUGAUGGGUCUGGCCACUGGGGAGGGAGAAGUCAUCGUCACCGAUAUGGAUACCAUUGAGAAAUCGAACCUUAAUCGUCAGUUCCUCUUUAGGCCCUGGGAUGUCACGAAGAUGAAGAGUGAGACGGCUGCUGCUGCUGUGAAGCAGAUGAAUCCGUCCAUCCGCAUCACAGGUCAUCAGAACCGUGUUGGACCUGACACUGAGAGAAUCUACGAUGACGACUUUUUCGAGAACCUGGACGGAGUGGCCAAUGCCCUCGACAAUGUUGAUGCACGCAUGUACAUGGACCGUCGGUGUGUGUACUAUCGAAAGCCACUGCUGGAGUCUGGUACUCUUGGGACUAAAGGAAAUGUGCAGGUGGUGAUCCCAUUCCUCACGGAGUCCUACAGCUCUAGCCAAGAUCCCCCAGAGAAGUCCAUCCCGAUCUGCACCUUGAAGAACUUCCCCAAUGCUAUCGAACACACACUCCAGUGGGCUCGUGAUGAGUUUGAAGGACUUUUCAAACAGCCUGUUGAAAAUGCCUUGCAGUACAUGACAGACCCUAAGUUCAUGGAGCGCACCCUGAAGCUGCCUGGUGCCCAGCCCUUAGAGGUCGUGGAGGCAGUGUAUAAGAGUUUGGUGUCAGAAUAUCCCCGUAGCUGGGAGCAGUGUGUGGCUUGGGCCCGCAACCACUGGCAGUGCCAAUACAGUAACAAUAUCCGUCAGUUACUGCACAAUUUCCCUCCUGACCAGCUCACAAGUUCAGGAGCUCCAUUCUGGUCAGGUCCCAAAAGAUGUCCUCAUCCUCUAGAGUUUAGUACUAGCAAUGAUUUGCAUAUGGACUACAUUGUGGCUGCAGCCAACUUGGUUGCCCAGGCAUAUGGCCUGCAAGGCUCCACUGACCGUGCAGAUGUAGCUAAAGUAUUGCAGGAUGUCAAAGUACCAGAGUUUACCCCCAAGUCAGGAGUUAAAAUCCAUGUAUCUGACCAGGAGCUGCAGAGCGCCAAUGCCUCUGUGGAUGACUCGAGGCUUGAAGAGCUGAAGAGUAUACUUCCUUCUCCGGACACUGUGUCCCAGUUCAGACUCUGUCCCAUCGAAUUUGAAAAGGAUGACGACACUAACUUCCACAUGGAUUUCAUCGUAGCGGCAUCGAAUUUGAGAGCAGAGAAUUAUGACAUUCCUCCAGCAGACAGACACAAGAGUAAACUCAUUGCUGGUAAGAUCAUUCCUGCCAUAGCCACGACGACAGCUGCUGUGGUAGGUCUGGUGUGUCUGGAACUGCUCAAGAUUGUCCAGGGCCACAAGAAGCUGGAGUCAUACAAGAAUGGCUUCAUGAACCUCUCCCUGCCUUUCUUCGCUUUUUCGGAGCCCAUUGCUGCUCCAAAGCACAAGUACUAUGAAAUCGACUGGACACUAUGGGACCGCUUUGAAGUGAAGGGCAUUCAGCCGAGUGGGGAGGAGAUGACACUCCGGCAGUUCCUGGACUACUUCAAGAAUGAACACAAACUGGAGAUCACAAUGCUCUCUCAGGGAGUGUCUAUGCUCUACUCUUUCUUUAUGCCUGCUGCCAAGCUCAAAGAAAGACUGGAGCUCCCCAUGACUGAGAUAGUGACCAAAGUGUCCAAGAAGAAACUGGGGAAGCAUGUUAAAGCACUAGUGUUCGAACUCUGCUGCAACGACAUUACUGAUGAGGACGUGGAGGUGCCCUAUGUCAGAUACACCAUUCGCUGAGAAGACGGCCAGGGUGGGCAGGGUGGGGUUGGGGUGCUUUCAUGAGGUGGAGGGAAUUCAGCUGAAGCUUCAUGUUAAUGGGUGGAGCCCAAAGUUUAAAAAUAAAUAAACAUGAAUAAAAAAGUGAAAGGAAAAAAAGUGGUGUUUGUGUAUCGGGGGUUGAUUUUAUUGGCUCCAUAAUUUACUCUUUGAAUCCAGUUUGAACCCAGGGUUCAUACCCCAUGUUUUUAAAUGCGCCUUAGGGCUGAUGGCUGGUGGGCUGUAAGAACAAGAUAUGUUGUAGGACAGGAGAGCAUUUGAAUGGGACCUUUUUGACUAACUUUAAACUUGGUCGUACUAAAGCUUAAGUAUGUGAAAUGAUCAGUGCCCAUCAGCACUCUCCCUAUGUAAAGAGAAGAUGGCUCUGGCCUUUUAGUAAGUGUGUUGUUCCUUUCCUGCUGCACUCUCUUGCCUCCCGUUUUCCACCGUGAUGAGCACUGCCAACUUGCUUUACCCUUUUUUGAACCAGUUUCUAAUAGCAACUUGAACAAGGUAUACCAUUGAAUGAUGCCAAAACAGAAAUGCAAACUACAUGAAAGUAACGUGUCAGUGCUUUGGGCUGUUUGUCAUUUAUUGACCCCAUUUGACAUGCUCUGUGGUCUCGACUUGAAGUACUUCUCAGCUACAAUAGUGACACCUUGCACCUGCUGGUAAUCGAAGCUGUGGGUGUCCUCACCUGUGUGCUACUUGUCAAGGUCUCAAAGCUAGUUGGUCCCCUCACAUCUGAACCCUAUUCUGUUCCUCAGGCCCAGUGGGUGGGUCGUUUUGCAAUUCUGGCUUCUUUUUGGGUUGGGAUGGGGAACCUGCACAUAACUAGAGCGGGUGGGGUUAUUAUGGUUUCUCCCCCCCCCCCCCCCCCCCUCCUUUUUUUUUUUUGUGUGUGUGAACUUGGCACAGGACUUGUAGGACAUAAACUAUUCUUUCUACUUUGUUAAAUUCCUGGAAACAUUACAGUAAAAAAACUAUUUUACUCUGUAAUGGGAGCACUUAGUGUGAUAGUGAAUAAAGUUGUAAAAGAUUC